AUGGCUACCAGACGCCAGCCUAGCCUCAACACCAGGUCCCAAUCAUUGAGAUGUUGCUCCAGUCUUGCAAAUCUAUUAAAUCCAACCUCGACCUCGUCCGAACCUACCACAGAAGCAAAGGUGUACACCCUCGAGGCAAGGAUUCGAGAACUAGAAGGUACCGUGGAACUUUGUCGACAACAAGCUGCAAUUGAGAAAGAAGGUCUUGAAAAUUUGAGGUCAGAAAAUACGCUGCUGAAAGCUGAGAUUAAGCUACCAGAACUCAAUUUCAAGCAGUCAAAGCUCAGUCCUCUAUCUCAACAUGGAGACGGUCAGGAGGCUCUACCCGUGCUUGGACUCGAAGAAUUGAGUGGAAACUUUUCUAAAUGGGCACGGCAUCUCAUUGCCGCCAAUCACCAGCUCAAGUUCAGUCUCGAGCAUGAAAAGCUUGAAGUUCAUCAAUUGAGGCAAGACCUCAUUGGAGUGAAGAACUCCAGAGCCACUGACAGAAUAAUGCACCGAGCACAUGUCAACUCUCAAUCGCAGCCCCAACAAGAGGCGUACCCCACCCCUUCAGAGAGGCCUGACUCGUUUUUUGUGUCUUUGGUCGACAUGAUCAUUGACAUCGUCUUGCUUCAAAGACAACAACACCCUAGCCUAGGAGGAAGUGUUACCGUCAUUUUGCCUCGUUCAAAUAGCGGACAGCCACAGACUGAGGUACAACGCCUUGGAACGGAAAUGAACCACCUAGUUACCGAAAACGCAUGCAUAAAAAGGGAUAUGGCGGCCGUUAAAUACCACAGCACCUGCCUUCAGUCUUCGUUGAGUGGAAUGGAGAAGCAGGCGGUUGACCAGACAGCUCGUCUGAAUCAGUUCAAAAUGCGGGUUGGCAAACUGAACAAGUCUCGUUUCGACUCGGAAUUCUUGGCGCAGAAGAAAGCCAGGCUGCAAGACGUAGAAAUACGACAACUUCGACACGAGGUGGAUUCCAAGACGAAGGAAGGUUCAAGACUCCAGAUAGGUCUGGAUGUUGCGAACAUGGCGCUUGCCAGUCAGAAAAGAAGGAACCAGUCACUCGAAGAGUCCCUGAUCAACGCACAGGCCGAGCACGCUGCAUUAACACAAGAGGCGGGAGAACUGCAGGCAGAGAACAGAAGAUUGGUAGAAGACAAGGACAACUCGGCAGCAGGACGAAAGAAUCUCUUACUACGAGACCGGAUCGACUUGAUGGGCCCAAUCGUCGAAAAUGCUCUUCCCGUCAGACGCCGGUUCCUAUUACAGGGCAGGAAGAAACCUGAGAGUAAAUCAGCAACAGAAGCUGGAAAUAGAGCAGCUCAUGACGGGAAUUCAUCAGCAGAUGCUUCUCUGUACCGUCUAUGCCACCUUCUACUCUCAGAUGAAGCCUGGUUCGAGGAAACGUAUGGUGCGUCGCUGAACGAGUUCUGGUUGAUGGCGCCUUUCCCGAAACAGGUUCAACUGCUCAAUCUUCGUGGCUCUAUUGCCAUAGAGCUCAAGUGGCCCAGACGAGAGCAUGAGAAUCGAGUUACCAGAUUCGUCGAGCUGGAGGCGGAAUGCUGGGAUAUCUUGUCUAGUCUGAGGAACAAACGCCAGUCUGAUAGAGAAGCAAGUGAAGCGUUCGAGAAUGUCGUUCUGGUGAGAGGGAAUAUUGAGCGGAUGGCAGCUAUUGUUGCAGAAAUUCAGGAGAAUGCUAGAGAGAGGAAGAGCUGA